AACAAUCAGCGUAACGGAACGCAGUUCUAAUAAUUUUUCUUCAUUCACCUUCGCUCGCUUUACUUGUUUCAUUGACGUUUUUCUUGUUUGUAAAUAAUAAUUGCUGGAAAUAGUACGCAAUGUGAAAUUGUACGCAUUCCUCGUUCCAUUGCACAUUACGUAAACGUUAAACAUCGUUUUGUAAUCGAAUUAACAUCGCAAGAAAUAUCCUAACCUAUUGUGUGUCUUGUUCUAAUGAGGUGAUAAAGCUAUGAUAGAAUAUAAUGCCUCAAUUUAGAAGAAAAAAGGCAUCAAAAUCGUUCCCAGUUAAAGUGUGUACUCUAGACGCUGAAUUGGAGUUUAACCUUGAGUGGCGGGCUACAGGAAGAGAUCUCUUUGACUUAGUAUGCAGGACUAUCGGUCUGAGAGAAACAUGGUUCUUUGGACUGCAGUUCGAAGACACAAAACACUUUAUAAGUUGGCUGAAGUUGGAUAAAAGAGUGCAAGACCAAUGCGUCUCUCAAAUGCCGGGCACCCCAUUCAUGCUGCUCUGCAAGUUGUACCCGGAAGACGUCGCCGAGGAGCUCAUCCAGGAAGUGACGCAACACCUGCUGUUCCUGCAGGUGAAGCAGGCGAUACUCAGCAUGGACAUCUACUGCCCGCCUGAGGCCUCCGUGCUGCUUGCCAGCUACGCCGUACAGGCUAAGGUCGGUUAUUACGGUGACUACGACGAGAGCGCUUACAAGCCUGGCAUGCUGGCGAGCGAGGACCUGCUCCCGCAGCGCGUCAUCGACCAGUACCAGAUGACGCCCGAGAUGUGGGAGGAUAGGAUUAAAAUAUGGUAUGCUGACCACAAAGGCAUGUCACGAGACGAGGCUGAGAUGGAAUACCUGAAGAUAGCGCAGGAUCUGGACAUGUACGGAGUCAACUACUUCGCCAUCAAAAACAAAAAAGAUACAGAGCUGUACCUCGGCGUGACAGCUCUAGGGCUCAACAUCUACGAAAAGGACAACAAAUUAACUCCGAAGACCACCUUCCCCUGGUCCGAGAUCAAACACAUUUCAUUCGAUGAUAAGAAGUUUGUCAUCAAGUUUGUGGAGAAGACCACUAACAACUUUAUAUUCUUUUCUCCUAAAGGAAUGAAUAAGUUGAUAUUGGACCUGUGCAUCGGUAACCACGAUCUGUAUAUGAGGAGGCGGAAACCUGACACCAUGGAGGUGCAGCAAAUGAAGGCCCAAGCCAAGGAAGAGAAACAGCGUCGUCAGAUCGAGCGCAACAAGCUGGCUCGUGAGAAGCAGCUGCGAGAGGCGGCGGAGCGCGAGCGACAGGCCAUGGAACAGAGGCUGCGCCAGUACCAGGAGGAGAUACGGCUGGCUAACGAGGCGCUGCGUCGUUCAGAAGAGACGGCGGAGCUGCUGGCGGAGAAAGGCCGCGUGGCGGAGGAGGAGGCUUCACUCCUGGCGCAGAAGGCAGCCGACGCUGAGAGAGAAAACGCACGACUCAGGCUGUCCGCUAUCAAGACUGAGGAGGAAAAGGUCCACUUAGAACGAAAGACUCGUGAAGCGGAAUACCUAACAGCUCGUUUAGUAGAAGAAUCAGAGAAACGGGCGGCAGAAGCAGAAAGACUGAAAGCAGAACUAGUAUCAGCGAGGAUGGCGGAGAAACAAGCCAAGGAAAAACUCCUGAACUUCCUAAGUAGGACUUCUACGGGGUCCCUCCCGCCUGUCAGCAAGCCUUCUAGAAAGUUUGAAGAGUCCAUAGAGUCGAAAUUGGCGACUGAAAAACAAGCUAACGAAAAGCUGAUCAACUUUUUGAGCGAUACGUAUAAUGGGUCCUGGGAUUUGGGGCCACCGUCAUCAACAGUCCCGUCGAGUCUGUUCCCGUCGACGUGCUCGCUGCCGGCGGAGCUGGGGGGCGAAGUCCUACAGAACGGCAGCACCACGUCCACGGAGCCCGAGCUCAACUCCUACCAGCUGGUGCCCGAUGACUCCGACCCGCAUAUACACAGGCUGUCGCUAGAGAUUGAGAAGGAAAGAGUGGAAUACCUGGCGAAGUCGAAGCACCUGCAGCAGCAGCUGGACGAGCUCCGCUGCGAGUUCUCAGUGCUGCGCGUGGACCAGUCGGCGGCCACGCUGGACCGCCUGCACGAGCAGCAGGCGCGCGCCGGCGACAACAAGUACUCCACGCUGCGCCGGCUCAAGCAGGGCUCCACCAAGACCAGGGUCGCCUUCUAUGAAGAGCUCUGAACUUGGUAAAACAAUAAUGCACAAAUAGGUGAUAAUAUGACAAUACAAAUUAGUUAAUUAAUUUAACUGAGCCUUUUCAAGUGCCUUGAGACAGACGUCUGUCUAAAAAUAAUAUGAAUAUAAUACUAUAAUAUUAAUUCUAAAAACGUAUUUAUAUUUUAUUAACAAAACACAUGAAAACUAUAGUGUUCAUUAAUCAUAUUAGGGAAGUCUAAAUUAAAAGUGCUCCUACAGAUUACGAAUUUUCACAGACUUUGCUAUUGUAAUAUAAAUUUUGAGAGCAACAAAUGUAAAGCUAAAGAGAAGAAGAGAAUUAUAGUAAAACCAUUGAAGGAUAAAAAUGAGAUUCAAAGCAAAUAUUCAGAACAAAAUGGUUGUCAACUAGUUUUUAAAACAUUCACGUACUUUCGGCCGACUUGCAUAAACUUAUAGUUGAUUGUAGAAAAAAAAUCUACAUUAUUGCGUUGAAAAAAAUAUUUGUCGAAAGUUAGGAAGUAUAAUACUGUCUUAUAUUUGAAAAAAAAGCUAUGAAUAGGGAUGAUGACUGGACAUAACAAGAAAAAAAUCUCAUUAGUCC